AUAGUUCACUCACUUUCAAAGCCAGCUGAAGGCAAGAGGAAGAGCUAAAGUGAGCCCCCUUCCGUGUGUUUCUGACUUUUAUGGACUUGGCUUUAGACGGCUGAAAGAGAUGAUGGCAGCAAUGAAAAUCCAGCUGGUAUGCAUGCUACUCCUGGCUUUCAGCUCCUGGAGUCUGUGCUCAGAUUCAGAAGAGGAAAUGAAAGCAUUAGAGGCAGAUUUAUUGACCAAUAUGCAUACAUCAAAGAUCAGUAAAGCAAGUGUUGCCUCUUGGAAAAUGACCCUGCUAAGUGUUUGCAGUCUUGUAAAUAACCUGAAUACUCAAACCGAGGAAACAGGAGAGGUUCCUGAAGAGGAGCUCCUUACAAGAAGGAAAUUUCCCACGGCUUUAGAUAGCUUUAGCUUGGAAGCAAUGCUGACAAUAUACCAGCUCCAAAAAAUCUGUCACAGCAGGGCCUUUCAACGCUGGGAGUUAAUUCAGGAAGAUAUUCUGGAUACUGAAAAUGACAAAAAUGAGAAGGAAGCAGUCAUAAAGCGAAAAAUUCCUUACAUUCUGAAACGGCAGCUGUAUGAGAAUAAACCCAGAAGACCCUAUAUACUUAAAAGAGAUUCUUACUACUACUGAAAGGAUAAAUAUUUUAUUUCCAUGUGAUUAUGAUUUAUCAUCCUUUAAUUAAAUAUCAAAUUAUAUUUGUGUGAAAAUUUGAUAGGAAACACUCAUUUUGUUUCUUCUACAAUUGUGAUUUCUUGAAGUGGUUUUACUGCAUUAAUAUAAAUUAAACUAAAUGUUUUCAAAUAAAUCUAGAUCUUCAGCAUGA